AUGAUUGAAAAACGAAGACGUGAUCGUAUUAAUCGUUCAUUGAAUAUAUUAAAACAAUUGAUUAUUGAUUCAAAACGUUAUCCAAUAUCGAAUUACAACAAACGAUUUGAAAAAGCCGAUAUAUUGGAAAUAACUGUAAAAUAUCUUGAAUCAUUAGUAUUGGAAGAACGACGUAUUUAUCAACAAGGUUUUGAUGAUUAUUUAGAUGGUGAAAAAUUAUUACAGGAAAAACAAGGAAAAAUAAUGAGCGUUAAUCUGUCAACAUUACAUGCUGAAUUGAAUGAAAUAAAGAAUCGUAUGGCAACAAGUGGUGGUGGUGAUUCGGAUGGUCAUUAUUCAGCUGAUGAACAACAACAGCAACAUUAUUUCAAUGAUCAUCAACACCGUAGUGGUAGUAUUUCUGGUUAUCAAUCGGAUAAUAAUAAUAUAUUUUCCGAAUCAACAGCAAUGAUGAUGAUGAUGAACAAUAAUCAAAAAUCAUCGGGUGUUAUACAACAUACAAGAAAUUAUUUAGAAAAUAAACCAGAAUUAUCAUCUGCUGCUGCUGCUGCUGUUACUGAUUAA